AUGGCAUCCGUCAACACCACUCACUGGAAUGAAACUGCACCCGUCUACCAGUACCUUGGUUUUCAAGUGCAGAAGAUUUACCCUUUUCAUGACAACUGGAACACUGCCUGCUUUGUUAUUCUGAUCGUAUUUAUAUUUACUGUAAUAUGUUUGGUGGUGCUUGCUUUUUUAUACGAGCUACUUGACUGCUGCUGCUGCGCAAAAAAUAAAACCAUGAAAGACUUAGAGAACGAACCUAAUCCGGUUAGAUCUUUGAUGGAAAGCUUCAGGAAACGCGAAAGGGAAGUGGUGUAG